AUGUGGCGCCCAGAUCCAGGACCCUGCGUCGCACAGGUGGCCGACUGGGGCGAGCAUCCAGACGACGUUGAGUACAUCCGGCAGCUGAAGGCCCUGCCAAAGAAGAUUCUGAAGAGGCGUGAGAUAGUUGCCAAGGACUUGGACAUAAAGCGAGUUUGCCAGAAGCAGGGAAAGGUCCACUUUUCCGUUGCCUGCUGGAAUUUGUCAGAGUACUCUCGCAGUGGCGGUCUAGAUGCUCAGGUUUCCAGCCUGAUUCACGUCUUCUAUGAGGGAAAGGAUGAGCGUAAGGUUCUGAACGUGUUCUCUUCUGCCGGCAUUGACCUUGAGUCUGCUGAGGCAGUGCCGGUGGAUCCAAACUCGAGCAAACGCCACGAGCAGCAGAUCAUGUACGCCAAGGAGUGUCUGUACAUUCAGGACGAAAACACAUGGGAAGAAGGACAGCCGUUAUCCCCCGACGAAGUCAAGCAGAGGUUCCAGGGCCGCAUGAAGGCAUAG